UAGUUUUAAUUAACUGGUUUGUCUUUUUUUCCUUUAAAACUAUAGGAAUUAUUUAUAUAAAAUUAUUUAGUUAAUGUAUUUGAAUUGUAAAAGCAGACCUUCCUGUCAAACGUGACAGGUGCCUUUUGCGUUCCAAGCUUUAAGGAGAAAUGCUCCUUUUCAUAUAAGGGUAAAAAACAAACUUAAUGUGGCAGCCAGGUGAUGGAAUCGGAAGGGCUUCGACGCAGUUGCUCAUUGUGAAAACGAAACCUCUUUUUAACCUUCGGGUAUUUAGCUUCACGGCUUCCCUGCAUCUGCACACAAAUAAAGCGAUGUGUGGAAACAUGCCUUAAAGCCAGAUUUUAAGUAUAUGCAUCAUCCAACACCUCCAGGAGAAAUAGCAGCUUUGCAGCAGAUCUGGGUUUAUAAUUUAAAUUUCCCCACAAACACUAAUUUAGGACCUCUAACCGUGAAUGUUCAACCUCAAAUGAUUAUAAGCACACCUCAACGAUUGCCUACCUCAGGGACUCUUCUGAUCGGUAGUCCAUUUACCUCAAAUCCAACUAUGGUCACUCAGAAUUUAGCAGAAGCCCCUGGAUGGGUCCCAGGGAUCAGAAAAAGAUCUCAUGAGUUUCUGGAAUCAGAUUUUUCUGACAGUAAGAGAAGCAGAAAAGGUGAUAAGAAUGGCAAGGGACUAAGACACUUUUCAAUGAAGGUUUGUGAGAAAGUGCAGAAAAAAGGAACGACGUCUUACAAUGAAGUAGCAGAUGAACUUGUUGCAGAAUUUGCUAACUCUAGUAGUCUUAUGACUGCUGAUUCUCAGGUCUAUGAUCAAAAGAAUAUUAGGCGACGUGUUUAUGAUGCCUUGAAUGUGCUCAUGGCUAUGAAUAUCAUAUCAAAAGAAAAAAAAGAAAUCAAGUGGAUUGGGCUUCCAACUAAUUCUGCUCAAGAGUGCCAGAAUCUAGAGCUAGAGAAACAGAGAAGAAUAGAAAGAAUUAAGCAGAAAAGGGCUCAGUUACAGGAACUAAUAUUGCAGCAAAUAGCAUUUAAAAAUUUGGUGCAAAGAAACCAGCAAACAGAGGAAGAGCGCAAGAGUCCUCCACCCAGAAGCUCUGUGAUUCAACUGCCUUUUAUUCUUCUCAAUACCAGCGUGCGCACUGUCAUCGACUGUAGCAUCUCUAGUGACAAGUGUGAAUAUCUAUUUAAUUUUGACAACACAUUUGAGAUCCAUGAUGAUAUUGAGGUGCUAAAGAGGAUGGGCAUGUCUUUUGGUUUGGAGUAUGGAAAAUGCACCCCAGAAAAUCUGAAAACUGCAAAAUCAUUGGUGCCAAAGUCUUUAGAGUCUUAUGUUACAGGUAUGGCAGAUGGGCAGAUUUUGAAUCAAGAACAGUUCACUUGUAAUUCAGUGCAGACAUCUGCCUCUUCCUCCUCCUCCUCCUCCUUCGUCUCUGGAAGUGCCCACUUCAGCUCAAACCUGGACAGUUGUGUAGACAAUGAAGUGGCCUUAACAACAGGACAUUGUGUCAUGUCAAGCAACCAACAGCCUUUCACUAUGGCAUCUCAUUAUUCUGAAUCACGAGGAGAGACUCCUUGCUCUUUCAACGACUAUGAUGAUGAAGAUGAUGAUGACUCUUCAUCUCCAGAAUAAGCUGCUUAACUUAUUUUUUUUUUUGUUUUUGUUAUUCCUGUAAAACAUUUUAUAAAACUUCUAAUGAAUGGCUAGAAAGAGAAGCUGCAUUUCCAGACACUGGAAGCACAUCAAGGACUGAAGAGCAAAAAGUACAAACACAGAGAAAAUGUUUAAUAGUAGGAAAAAAAUUAGGACAAUGUACAUGUAUUUUGAAGUAAUUUAUCUGAUAUGUCAUUGUUUGGAAACUGCACAUGUAAACUUGACUACAGUAAAAUUUAGCUCAGUUUUUUAGCUUAUGGAUGUGGAGCGACAAGCCUUGUAGAACAAACAGUCUUGGGUGCCUUUAUUCUGACUUCAUUAUACAGUAUAUGCAUGUGUAACGUUCCAAAAUAUUACAAAACCUACAGAUUUUAAGACACUCACGUUUAAAGAGGUCAACAGAGCUUUGAGUACAGAAGCCAAUUCAUUAAAAAAAGUUAUGUUUAUUACUUGCAGAUCAGUUUGUUUUCCGUUGUCUUCCAAUUACUACUACACAUAAUGUAAAAUCUUUUUGAUUUAUAUUUGUCAGUAGAAGUGAUAAUUGGGGAGUUCAUUUUAAAACUGUUAGCGCUACACCUGUACAAUCUGGUGUUGCAUUGUCUGUUUGUUGUCACUUUUAAUUUUUCAGUCUCUCUAUCAUGACCAUUUACAUUUACAAUUCUUUAAUGUUGUGCUUAUUUUUACUUGCUGAAACAUUUCUUUGCUCUUUUUAGACACAGGCUUCAGUCAUUACAUUAGAAAUGUGUUAAUCUAGCUUAAUGAUUCUGUAGCAGUAAGGUGUUCCGAGUUGACAUGCCUGAUCCUCACAAGGGCCAUGGGAAAUAAUCAUACAAUGUACAGUGGAUCAAAUUUUGUGCCAAGGUGUGUUUUUUUUGGUCAUAUUAAAUGUGUUCAUUAGAUACAUAUACAGCAGGGCCACACUAUGUCAAUCCAAACAACAGUGUAGAGCCAAACACAGACAUUCAGUAAGAUUUGCUUUUGUGUUUUCUUUCUUUAUUUCCGCCAGGUCCCUUCCUAUGGCAGUAAAAGAUUAAGUCUGCAUCUAUUUGUGUUGUUUUGAAAAUAUAAUAAUAUUAAUAUAUAUAACAGCUGGCUUCUUUUUCAUAGGGUGCAUAGUUGUCAAGAGCAAAUCAAACUGGUAAAUAGGUUUAAAUUUUACAACUGGUAGACAAAUGGCUCAAGAACGUUCAUUUAUAUACACCCAUGAAGGUGUAGUUCAUAUCUAUAUGAAAAUAAAUCUUUACGGAAAUUGCUUCUU